AUGUUUUUCUUCACCCUGGAGAAGCGGAAGGACGACCGAUGCAAGAGCUUCACUUUCGAUGUAAACGAGAAUUCAUGCGUCCUGUACAGCAAGGUGGGCGGCUACAGCGAGUUCACCCGCCUGCCGUCCGAGCCGGUCUACCCAGGAGUACUUCUUCAUGCCGAACAGCUCGACGACAGGUGGACGACGUCAAACCGGCUGAACUUCAUCUACACUGAAAGUGGCAAUAUCCCCGGCGGCGGUGACCCUGUUUCCCAUCUCUGGGCCGGGGACGCCAUCAGAGACUCCAGACCUGGUGACUACCAUGUGGUCGUGGUCAGCGCUAUCGGGCCGGCCGAUGGGGUGGAGUUCGCCGUGAGCCGCUCCCAGAGCGUGGUCAUGUCGCUCGGAAUGCCAGUGGCCUACGAGACCACGGACGGCUCGUUCUCGUUCUCCGGCGGCGGGACGGUGAUGUACCCGUACCUCACCAACACCAACGGCAUACUCUACCACAUGAACAGCAUCGUGACCUCCCAGGCCGGCGGUCUGAUUCGGAGCCGGACAACCACAGAUCCCCGCUGGUCGCAGGACGUGCAGCGCCCGGGCAGCGUGCGCCUGCUGCUCCGGGAGGGCGACUGAGGCGGGGCGGCCAGCGCUGGCGGGAUGCCAGCUACUGGGCGACAUAACGUGCAUUGCACCGCGGACGGGCCGGCAGCGGAAGUCGUAGUCUCGGCAGGCUGCUCGCCGGGCUUUGAUUCAGCAGAAGCCGCGCUAAUUAUGCCACGGCAACUAUGCUAUCUAUUCAGCAAGCACGAUGUACAGCGGAUGUUGGCUAUGAGGCAAUGGUGAUUCCGCACGUAGUGAAAUAAAACGAGGCAAUGCCACAUACACUAUUGCCAUGUCUGCAAAAUGUGCAUGUUGCGAACACACGAUUGAUACGCUUGUUUAUGAUGGUAGCUUUCAUUGCUUUGCCCAGAGAAAUGGAGUACCACAAAGACCUGGUCCUCAGACAAAACGCGUGGCCUUGCUGUGAUGUGAUGUGAUGUGAUGA